AUGAAGAGAAAUAAAAUAUGUAAACAUGCACCUUUCCUGCUAACUCUCACUCUGUGUGUGAAGAUGAGGUGGUGUGUUGCUGUCGUCCUAAUGGUGCUGCAACUCUGCAGCCAGACGCUGCAGUCUGACCCUCUGCUCUACAUCUCACAGCUUCAGAACGGGCAGGAAAAACCCAGUAAGUCCCAUCAUACCUCCACAGUUUCAUCUAAAGUACCAGAGAUUAUCUUUAUUCUUUGUUUUAAACUUCCAAGAGUUUCAUGCAACCUUUUCUGUCUUUGUUUAAAAUCGUAGAAGUUUUGUCUGUAAUGUCUUCACUGUGACAGGUCAUAAGCUAUUAGUCAUUUUAAUAUGUUUAAAUCUUCAAGAGCAAAGUGGACAUUUUGAUCUGACCCUGAAAGAGUCUUUUAUCUGAAAUUAGACCAAAAUUACCAUCUCUUUCUAUAUCUUCAUCCCGCAGAGCCAUGGCUCAACCCUGCACUGGAAGAAAUCGUUCCUUCCCGGGAAAGCACCGGAACCCCUGAAAUCAGAGACAUCCCUGGAUCUGAAACGACCUCUGACUCCUUUCCCAUGUUCAACGAAUACACUAACCUCAAGUGGGUCACCUGGGACGGCUCCCUCCCAAACGGCGCCGUCGCUAUCUUCAAUGGAUACACUGAACGCAACGACUAUGUCUGCAAAGUCAACUGUGAGGCCGGCUUCUACACUCCCAGCAAAGGAAACUUCUGCCAGUACCCUUACGCCGACAAUGAGUACAGGUCCUCUAAGUUCGAGGUACUGGCCAAUGUAGACCACUUCGAGUUCCUGCAGUGGGUUGAAGACUCAUACGGGUCAGUCCCUCAGUACGCCAUCAAAACCUGCCCCAAUUCAGACAUCUAUGUGGGCAAGAACAAGUAUGGUCUUGGGAAAGUGGUGACCCAGCACGAGGCCUUCUUCCUGCCAUAUGAGGGUGAUGAGUACUGGUACAAGAGCUACCAGGUCCUGGCAAUCAACAGAGAGAGCUACAGCCAGCAUAUCUCCCAUGUCGAGUACCUGAUAGACCAGAUGGAGCUGUUCCACUACCCCCCAGAGGCCCUGAAACUUGCCAAGGUCACUAAUCUUGAGUGCACGAGUGUGCAGAAGACAGUGACUCUGGAGAAGACCAGCAUGGUGGAGAAGACCUGGGACAUUGGUAGAGAGACCCGAAAUGGCUCUGUGUCCACCAUGAAGGCCACAGUUCCUAUCUUGGGCCCGGGCACCGUGGACUUCACCAAAGAGCAGACUGUGUCCUUCUCAGAGGGAACUACCAUGGUGGAGUCUAUGAGCCAUGCUGUGUCCGUGCAGCUGCUCGUCCCGCCAAACCACUCCUGCUCUGUCAGGAUGGACGGUAGGAAGAUGAUGGCUGACAUCCCCUUCACUGGCCGUCUGAGCAGAACCAACUACAAUGGAGAAACACACUGGACCUACAUCUCCGGCACCUAUGACGGGGUCAGCGUUGGAGAGAUCAACGCUGUGGUUGAGAGGUGUCAGCCGGUGGUCAACGCCGUCCCCUGCCCUUAA